GGUUCCGGUCGGGGCUGGAGGCGGCGGUGGCGGUGGCGGUGAUAGAAGCGGUGCCCGCGGGGCCGUCGUCUCCUCACGUCGCCUUCCCUCGUCGCGGCCUGUCAUGGCGCGGAACUCGCUCUCCUCGCGCUUCCGCCGCCUGGACAUCGACCAGUUCGACGAGAACCGCUUCGUGGAGGAGCCCGACGGGGCCGAGAGCGGCACUGGGGCCGGCGCCUCGGAGGUUGACGGAGGCCCCGGCCCGGAGGUGGAGGCGGCGCUGCGGCAAGGAGACAUGCUCCGAGCAUUCCAUAUGGCUUUACGGAAUUCACCGAUCAACACUAAAAAUGCAGCGGCAAAGGAGCGGGCCCAGGAAGUGGUGAUGAAGGUCCUCACUUCUUUUAAAGGCAGCGAGAUAGAACAGGCGGUAAACACCUUAGACAGAAAUGGUAUUGAUUUGUUAAUGAAGUACAUUUAUAAAGGAUUUGAAAAACCAACAGAAAAUAGCAGUGCAAUACUACUCCAGUGGCAUGAAAAGGCAUUAGCAGUAGGUGGACUAGGAUCCAUAGUAAGAGUUCUUACUGCACGAAAAACUGUUUAACAAACGCUGUUCACUUGAAUCAAGACACCAAGAACUCUUUUGGAGCCAGGAGGCGGCACUGCCUAUGCUGAUAUUUUGGACUACCCUUCUAGCGUCCACAAUCUACUGAAAUACUUUGGGAGUCUCCUCUUCCUCUUGGAACAAGUACUUUUAACCCUAGAAGUGGUGGGGGAAACCCAGUGUAUUAAUGUUUUCUGAUUAUCAGAUUCACAAGCUGGGAAGGGACUACUUGCAAUUUGUGCUGCAAACAGAAAUGGGGGUGGUAUUUACGUGUGUGCCUGUCCGCAAUACGGUGGCUGUUCUGGCCCAAUGUGUGUGCGCGCGCGUGCUUGGGUGAAUAAGUGAGACUUAAUUUAAACUUAACAAAUGUGUAUGGUGGGGGCAGGGAUGGCACUGGGGUGUCAAGAGAAGCAAGAAGCUGGUUUGAAAGCUGGAGGAGGGUUUUCUUAUGCAAGAGGGCUAGUUGUAUAUAUGGGUAAGAAUAGCUGGACUAAAUACAGAGUUUGUUUCAUGUAAAGUGCCUGCUGCUCUAUCUAGAAGUUCUUGGAUGGUUAGAAUAAAUAAUAUUCCAUGAUG